ACCCACCUCAACCCCGAUCCAUCAAUCUCCACCGUCGAUUCCCUCAUCAGUUGAUGUCACCACCAAACACAUAGACACUCUUUUAUUACGUUCCUUGCAAACCAAAAUUCGCCACUUAAAACUUCUCAAAAACUCCAGUGAUCCAUCAACCAACCGACAAUCGAUCACACAGGUGAUGAAAAUGGAGGGGAAAAAGCUAUGCUGGUUGCUACUUGGUGUACUGUUUGUAAUUGUUUCAAUAGCGAACGCUGAUUCGUCGGCGCAAGUGUUGGUGAAGAAAGUGAAGGGGAAGAAAGUGUGUGACAAGGGUUGGGAAUGUAAAGGGUGGUCCGAGUAUUGCUGUAACCUUACGAUUACCGACUACUUUGAUACGUAUCAGUUUGAGGAGCUUUUCGCGAAAAGAAACACUCCGGUGGCGCACGCGGUCGGGUUCUGGGAUUAUAAAUCGUUUAUCACCGCAUCCGCGUUGUACCAGCCGCUUGGAUUUGGGACUACUGGCAAUAAGACUACUCAGAUGAAGGAGAUUGCUGCUUUUCUUGGUCAUGUUGGCAGUCAAACUUCUUGUGGUUAUGGAGUGGCGACCGGAGGCCCGACAGCAUGGGGAUUAUGCUACAACAAAGAAUUGAGCCCGACCCAAGAGUAUUGUGACGAGUAUUACAAGUACACUUACCCCUGUGCCCCUGGAGCCGAAUACUAUGGUCGUGGUGCUUUGCCCAUAUAUUGGCAAUACAACUAUGGGAAAAUCGGCGACGCCCUGAAAGUAGACCUAUUGAACCACCCUGAAUACAUCGAACAAAACGCCACAUUAGCCUUUCAGGCUGCAAUCCACACAUGGUUAACCCCACAGAAGAAGGGUCAACCCUCAGCUCACGAGGCGUUCGUGGGUACCUGGAAACCAACCAAGAACGACACAUUAGCCAAAAGAUUCCCGGGUUUUGGCACCACCAUGAACAUCCUUUACGGUGAUCGUGUAUGUGGAAAAGGCGACGUAGAUGACAUGAACACCAUUGUUAGCCACUACUUGUAUUAUCUUGACUUGAUGGGCGUUGGGCGUGAAGAGGGCGGGCCCCAUGAGGUGCUGACGUGUGCUGAGCAGAAACCCUUUAAUCCGUCAGCUCCGACCCAAGCAUCUUCAAGGUAAGUGUGUGAAAAAACACCAUCAUGAUGAUUAUAAAAGGUGUUGCUGUGAGACGUAUAACUCGAAGCUGUAAUACGAUGAAGCUACUUAUGUAAGUUUGAGUCGUAUGAUUUCGUUAUCGAUCUUGUGUUUAUAGAUUCAAAAUUGGAUUUGUCAAAUAAGGUGUUUUGUGUGUUUGUAGUUUGUAAAUUUUGGUGUUUUAUGAACUGCAUGCAUCCAUAUUACAUACUAAUGGGUCUAUAUUUUCAGUAAUAUAUAUUUAGUACCUCAAAACAUCAAGGUUUGUUGGAAUUCUAUGGAUUGAUAUAAUUCCAUAUUUGUUUGGUU